AUGUCUUUGAACGCAAUUGACCUUGAAGCGUUACACACGCCUGAAACAAGAAAUGAAGAUUUUGAGAAUCUGAAGCAGAGGGAGUACGGAUUCUCAAUUCUCUACAUUUUCAUCACAUUUGUAGCAAUUCAAUUUGCCUCUUUAUUCCUGAUUCUGGGUUUAUCCGAUUACAAAACUUGUUCGGCAGACUCAAGAGUCCGAAUUUGGAUGAUGUUAGUUGGUGCUCUAUUAUUAUUGGAACGAGGAAUCGCUAUUCGGCGUCAAAUUGCAAGAACCAACUUCCACAAUUAUAAAUUUCAAUCUUUGGAAAAUGAGGACUGGAAACAUGAAAUGCAAAGAAAAAAAUUGAAGUCUAGACCGGUUUCACAGGAUUUCAUUUGGCUGCUUCUAGUGGUCUUAUCAGUGAUUGGUUUGACCUGGCUUCUCAAUAUACCUACAAACGGUGCCUGUGACGCUUUGAUCUUCUAUCCCGUGUUCAUUUUUUCAACUUUUGUACUUUCAUCCUGCAUCUUCACUGUUAUCUUUGCGAGUCUGUGCUUUUGUUCAAGAAAGUUGUUUUGUUGUUGUUGUAAUAAGAGUAGGAGAUGA